CGGAGUUGCUCGUCUCUGCCAUUGUUGUUCCUCUCCGGGACGUCGGCGUGCGUGUGUGUGAGCUUCGUCCGCGUCGUGGCGUUGCGAGCGGCGCUCUGUCUGCUAUGACGGGCUCCGCUCCGAGGCUGGGGGUCCUGCUGCUGGUGGCGGUGCUCCUGCAGACGGUGGUGGUCACCAUCACCGUGCUGCACUUCUCCACCUCGCUCAACGCGAUGCGAGAGACGUUCGCCAGGAGCAGCGUGUCCUGCCUGAAAGGCUCCGACCUGCACAGCAUGUCUGCCGUGCGAGGGGACCCCUGUUGGAAGGUCUCGCAGCAGCUGCACCUCCUCAUCGAGAAGUCCUUGUCCCAGCGCUACCAGAAGCAGAUCUCUUCGGCAGUCCGAGACGAAGUGUCCCGGGUCCUGCCUUCGCUGGCGGCAGAGGACAGGACAUCACCUCGGCCUCAAGUCGCCGCCCACGUCACGGGGAGCUUUGUCCCCGAGCUGGAGUCAGGAGCUGCAAGCACGGCCGGCCGGCGACUUCAAGGGCAGAAGAUCACCUGGUGGGAAGGUCAGAAGGGGCUGGCCUUCCUCCAGGACGUCCAGCUGGUGGACGGCGAGCUUGUGGUCCCGCGUCCCGGCCUCUACUACGUCUACGCCCAGACCUACUUCCGACACACCCAGGACUCGGAGGACGACUCGGCGGAGGAGGCGGGGCGCCCCCUGCUGCAGUACAUCUAUAAAAAGGUGAGCACCUACCCGGUUCCCAUCCUGCUGAUGAAGACCAGCCGCACCUCCUGCUGGUCCCGGGAGUCCCAGUUCUCGCUGCACUCGGCCCACCAGGGGGGGCUCUUCCCGCUCAGCCCCGGGGACCGCCUCUUCGUCUCGGUGACCAACGCCUCCGCGGUGGACAUGGACGAGAAAAGCAGCUUCUUCGGGGCCUUCCUCAUCAGCUAAGACGCCCAAAGACCACAAGGGGGCGCUGUCGGGACUUUUACCAGGACCUGGAAAACAUGGAAGCGAGGUAUGAGCGCACUGUCACAUACUUGUAGUAUUCAGCUCCGCCGCUAGGGGGCGUGCAUCCAUAGCAGCAAACACCACUCACCUUUUUGAGGAUUUUAUAAAUCAAUACAAUAGUUUUUUAAUUCUAAGGCUUACCUCAGGUUUGGUGCCAGGCAACCCGGAAGGGUCUCAGUCUUAAUGGUAAAAAAUAAUCAUAUAUCAUUUUUUAAUCAACACCUAAAUCUCCACAUCAACUUCAGGCCUACCGUAUUUCCUUGAAUUGCCGCCGGGGCGCGAAUUAAUUUAAAACCUCUUCUCACAAAAGGCAUGCGGUAAAUUUAGGCCUGCGCUUAUAAAUGUAAGUGUGAUGUAAGGAUACCAUCAUGAAAAGCACAUUUAAUUAAAAAAACUUUAUUAUGGUCUCACCUUUACUUAUAAAUGAAGUCCAUGUGCAGCUCCUUCUGAUCAAAAGCAUCGAUAACUUGUUUAUAGAAGUCUUCCUUAUCUUUCUUCAGUUUUAAAAGUCUCGAUGGAGAUCUUCCUUUAUUACCUCCUGCUUCGAUUGAAAGUCCAGUUUAGAAAACGGUUUUAUUUUAGAUGUGUAAUCCUCCAGGUUAAAAGUGCAAGCGAGAGGAAAAAAUAAACGAUCGCUGCUUGUUGUCACUUCUUCUGCAGCCGAGUAGUCGCAAGAAGGAUCACUAGCGCCCUCUACCACCAGGAGGCGGGACUCAUUUAAUGACUCAUAUUUGACACACGCAGCUACGGUAUAUUAAUAAAACAUAGUUGCUUACUGUUCUUUUUAGCAUAUUCAAUAGCUUGGACCUUAAAUCCUACUGAAUAGCUCUUAAUCUUCUUCCCUUUAUGAGAUUUUAAAUGAUUGAAAUCAGCCUCCUCCAUUUCGAAAUGAUGACAGGUGAAGUGUCACUCGUGACAUGACGAGUUUGACCCUGUGGAAAUUCUAGACAUUCGCUGAUAUAAAUAAUAUUUUGACCCGGCGUUAAUCCUGAGCCGGCGGUAAUGCUAAGCAUGCGCUAAUUAUUUUGCAAAACAAGUUUGACCCGGCAGUAAUUCUAGCCAGGUGCAUACUAUAUACCUGGCGGCAAUUCAAGGAAAUACGGUAUUUGUUGAUAUACAUUUUUAAAAAUGUUUUAUGCCCGUUUUGUCCAACAAAACCCUCAUCCAUAUGGCAAAAACUCAAAAUAUCUCUAAAAUAUGGUCGAAGUGGAUUAUUUGAUGUAAAGUAAUUUGACUCCUAAUUAGGUCAAUAAUUUGUAAUUAUCUGUUUGAGUUUAAAAAAUAUAUAUAAAAAUAUAUAUUUGUGAACCCAAAAGUGCCCACUCUAAGUGUUCAAAGUAAGUCUUACUUUUUAAGAAAGGUCAUUCUCUCCAUACAAAGUUAACAUGUUUUAUGUCCAUUUUUUGAGAAAACAUUUUUUUAAGUAUAAACACAAAAUAUACAAUAUUUUCCCCCCAAAUAAUUAUCAAAGUGGAAUAUUUGAUGUGAAGUAAUUAGAGCCCUAAAUCGGUCAAGAAUUCAUCAAUUGAUUUUGUCUUUUUUUUUUUGAGCAAAGCGUUUAAAAAAAAAUGUCACUAUAAUUCUUGGGGUUCCAAAAAUAAAUUAAAAAUAAAAACAUGAUAGAUCUGAAAGUUAGUAAGACUUUAGUGUUGAGUUUGUUGUUGUUUUUUAAGUUUUCUUAGAUAAAAAAGAUGUAAAACGUAAGUUUUUUUAUGUGGCAAACACAAAAUAUGCAAUAUUUUCCCCCAAAUAAUUAUCAAAGUGGAAUAUUUGAUGUGAAGUAAUUAGAGCCCUAAAUAGGUCAAGAAUUCAUCAAUUGAUUUUAUCUUUUUUUUUUUUAGCAAAGCGUUUAAAAAAAUCUCACUAUAAUUUUUGGGGUUCCAAAAAUAGAUUAAAAAUAAAAACAUGAUAGAUCUGAAAGUUAGUAAGACUUUAGUGUUGUUUGUUGUUGUUUUUUUAAGUUUUCUUAGAUUAAAAAGAUGUAAAACAUACGUUUUUUAUGUGGCAAACACAAAAUAUACAAUAUUUUCCCCCCAAAUAAUUAUCAAAGUGGAAUAUUUGAUGUGAAGUAAUUAAAGCCCUAAAUGGGUCAAGAAUUCAUCAAUUGAUUUUAUCAUUUUUUUUGAGCAAAGCGUUUAAAAAAAAUCUCUAUAAUUUUUGGGGUUUCAAAAAUAAAUUCAAAAUAAAAACAUGAUAGAUCUGAAAGUUAGUAAGACUUUAGUGUUAAAUUUGUUGGUUUUUUUUUUAAGUUUUCUUGGAUAAAAAAGAUGUAAAACGUAAGUUUUUUUAUGCGGCCAACACAAAAUAUACAAUAUUAUCCCCAAAAUAAUUAUCAAAGUGGAAUACUUGAUGUGAAGUAAUUAGAGCCCUAAAUAGGUCAAGAAUUCAUCAAUUGAUUUUAUCAUUUUUGGGAGCAAAGGGAAAAAAAAAAAAUCUCACUAAAAUUCUUGGGGUUCCCAAAAUAAAAAAAUGCAUGACUUAACAGAUAGAUCUGAAGUUAGUAAGACUUUAGUGUUGAGUUUGUUGUUAGUUUUUAAGUUUUCUUAGACUAAAAAUAUGUAAAACAUAAGUUUUUUUAUGUGGCAAACACAAAAUAUGCAAUAUUUGCCCCCCAAAACAUUUAAAAGUGGAAAUAUUUAUGUAAAAUAACCGGAACCUUGAAUAAGUCAAUCAUUAAAAAUAUUGAUUUUGUUGUUUUCGUGUAAUUAGAUUCAAUAUCGUUUCACUGCUUUGAUCUUUUAUUCCACUUUGUUUUGUAAAGUAUUUUUAGAAGGUGUCUAGGACCGUGAAAUAACUAAAAAGAUGUGAAGCAGGCACACAUCCUGAAAUAAAGCUACACUUUGCUUACUAACGUACAUUUUGCAAUUCCUACAAAUCUUUUCUCAGACCCUGAAGUUGCCUCAUCAAUGGAUGCAAAUAUGUCAAUAAUCAGCAAUUUUAUCAAACACUGGCUAUGAAUGAUGUAAACAUUAAUUUGUAACAGCUCACGUAAAACUGUAGCUUUAUGCUCCCGACAUUAAAACGUCCCAUGCUCAUGAAUGCAGCCUUGUAGCAUUUACUUUAAAGGCCUACUGAAAUGAGAUGUUCUUAUUUAAACGGGGACAGCAGGUCCAUUCUAUGUGUCAUACUUCAUCAUUUCGCGAUAUUGCCAUAUUUUUGCUGAAAGGAUUUAGUAGAGAACAUCGACGAUAAACUUUGCAACUUUUGGUCGCUAAUAAAAAAGCCUUGCCUGUACAGGAAGUAGCAGACGAUGUGCGCGUGACGUCACGGGUUGUAGGGCUCCUCACAUCUGAACAUUGUUUAUAAUCAUGGCCACCAGCAGCUAGAAAGCGACAAUUUCCCCAUUAAUUUGAGCGAGGGUGAAAGAUUCGUGGAUGAGGAAAGUGAGAGUGAAGGACUACAAAAAACAAAAAACUAUACAGUGAGAGCGAUUCAGAUAUUAGACACAUUUACUAGGAUAAUUCUGGAAAAUCCCAUAUCUGCUUAUUGUGUUACUAGUGUUUUAGUGAGAUUAUAUGGUCGUACCUGUACAACCUGAAGGUCGGCCCUGCACCUUUCUUCAGCACCAGUUGACGGGUGGUGGUGAUGCAUAUCUCUGCCCUUCGCAGGGGACCCUCUUUGAAACACGAUCUUUCGAAAUAAUCGCUGCAUAAUACACUGUACUUUGUGUGUGUGGUCCAAUCCAACCGUGUUCACUAGACCGCUCUGUUCCAUAGUAAAGUUUGACUGUCAUCUUUCGGGAAUGUAAACAAUGAAACACCGGCUGUGUUUGUGUUGCUAAAGCUAGCCGCAGUACACCGCUUUCCACCUACAGCUUUCUUCUUUGACGUCUCCAUUAUUCUUUGAACAAAUUGCAAAAGAUUCAGCAACGCAGAUGUCCAGAAUACUGUGGAAUUAUGCGAUGUAAACAGACGACUUAUAGCUGGGAACGACGCUGGAACAAAAUGUCCUCUACAAUCCGUGACGUCACGCGCACGCAUCAUCUUACCGCAAUGUUUCAGUAGGAUACUUUAGCGCGAAAUUUAAAAACGCAGUUUAGUAAACUAAAGCGGCCAUAUUGGCAUGUGUUGCAAUGUUAAUAUUUCAUCAUUGAUAUAUAAACUAUCAGACUAGUUGUGGCUUUCAGUAGGCCUUUAAAACAUCAUUUUAGCUUCCGGCAUUGAACGUGGGGUUAAAAGGAAACAUGUUAAAUUGAAGUGGGUCAAGUUGUGAAUGAAAUGUGAAUGUAAAUAAGUGUUAUCUGUAAAAAUGUGUGCAAUAAAUGUUCCCUGUCCUGUUGUACAACA